AUGCCUCACGCCACUCAGAAUGAGCCCUCCGGGGAGCCGGAUGAUGCCGACUUCGACAAUGUGAUGCGACAGCUGAACAAUUACGAAAGCGGCCCGCAACUUGACUUCUUGUCGCGAGACCUCGAUGUUGGCGAGAAGGCAGAUGAUGCUGUUGACUACGAAGAUUUUGACGACGACGAACUUCCCGAGGAGACGCCCGCUGUGCCUCUACAGCCCUCAACGAACGAUGCGGACGAAGAUCCUUUUGCGAACCUUGAUCAGGAGGACGCUGAUCUUUUCGGGGGUGGAGAUGACAUAUUCGGAGAGCAGGAGGGUGCGGACACACAGGGACAGGAGGACAAUCUCGAUGAUCUUUUCGGCGAUGAACCUAUGUCCCCCGCUGCUGAUCAGGCAGAUCACACCCAGGGUCUCUUCGAAGAUGAGGAGCCAUCAGUGACCAGCCAACCCGUUGAACUGCCUCCUAUUCCACCUGCUCCAGAGCCCGAGCCCCAGCAGAUGGAGAUCGAGGAUGAUUUUGAGGAUGAUGAGAGUGUCCUGUCAGAGGAUAUGGACCCAGCGACCCUACGCGCUUGGAAACUACAGCAGGAACUGUUUGCGAUGUCAUCGAUAAUGGGGCCUGAAACCCUCCCGGCACCACCAGAGAAUCAUGAGGAACUUCUCCGCUCGUUGUUCCCGAGCUUUGACCGCAGCGCCCUCCCGCGCUGGCUAGAGCUCAUUCCUCAUAAAAAGGCGAUUUUCCUAGGAAAACAACCAUUAAAAGUUCCGAAGCCAGUCCUUCCCACCAAGGUCAAUAUUGAACUAGCCCCGGAUCAGGAGCGCGUCUUUCGAACUGGCCAAGCGGCUAAGCGUGGUCUUGACCAUGAGUCCAUGGGUAUCGUGAUGAUCACCGAGGCCACACAGGAGGAAGAGGAGUCAAAGGAGGAUAUCGAACUAGCAGAUAUGGAUGUGGAUGAGGCACUUCCCGGCGGAUUCACCAUGCAAGAUCUUCGCACUAUUUGUGCAGAUUGGGAUGUCAGGGACGAAGACCUUUCUGGGGCAGAAAAGGAAAAACAACAGCCAAAGAAGCCCGCGGCUGAUCUACUCGACGACGAUGACGAUUGGCUGUUUGAUGCAGACCAUCCUUCGAAGAAGCGUAAAACUAGACCAACUCCCAUGGAUGUCAUUGCUUUGUCUCACCUCGACAUUCCACUCCUCGAUGACCCCGAACAAGCACUUUCGCAGAUCGCAAAGAAGGUUACCAUCGAUAUGAAUGAUCCUAAUAUUCUCGUCGAAGAGCUAAGGCCCGAUUCCGUCGUCCAAAAACCAAAACAUGCCGUCCCUCGUAAUGGAGAGGAAGUUGAUUUGAAUACUACUCGCCGUCUGACUCAGCGAUACAAUAUCUCAAACGACCAGGCCUACGACAUGCUGAAGCAGAAUCAUCAAAACAAGAUACGAAGCACACUCGGCAAUGUGACCUUAGAGCAUGCUCUCCCGGCCUUGCGACUGCAGUGGCCCUACUACAAAACGGAGCUGGCGAAGACUGAAUCCCGAUCGUUCCAUCGGCCUGCCAUGGUCUUCCGGCAGGGUCAAACUUCUUGGUUCAAAAACCCAACACAUGUCAAACGAAAGCAUUAUAAGGGCAAAGACCCUAAGGCCCUCUUCGAAUCAACAAAGUCCCUCUCUAUGGCAGAUAACUCCAGUAUCCUGCUUGUGGAGUACUCCGAGGAAGCCCCAAUGGCUCUCUCUAACUUUGGCAUGUGCAACCGAUUCAUAAACUACUACCGGCGGAAGAACCCCGAUGAUCCGACCCGUCCAAGGGCAGACAUCGGAGAGACUGCUGUUUUGCUACCUCAAGACAAGAGUCCAUUCUCCAUCUUUGGACAUGUGGAUCCAGGUGAAAUCACCCCAGCAAUUUCGAAUUCGAUGUAUAGAGCACCGCUUUUCCCGCAUCAAGCCAAGUCCAACGACUUCCUGGUAGUUCGCAACUCUACGGGCUCUGGGGGCAGCAAUUUCUUUGUUCGCAAUAUCGAAAAUUUCUAUGUUGCUGGACAGCAAUUUCCUUCCGUGGAUAUCCCCGGUCCCCACUCCCGCAAAGUCACCACUGUUGCCAAGAAUCGUAUGAAGAUGCUUGUCUACCGACUUCUGAAAAAGAGUGCCGACUCCCGACUUUCGAUUAGUGACGUUACAGCACAUAUUCCGGGCACUACCGACAUGCAGAACAGACAAAAAGUCAAGGAUUUCUUGCAGCACGACAAGGACACCAAGUACUGGAAACCUCUUGAUUCCACUCUCCCCGACCAAGAUACCAUACGAGCAUGGGUCCAACCUGAAGAUGUUUGUCUUUUGGAAUCAAUGCAAGUUGGCCAACAGCAUCUUCACGAUACUGGCUUUGGUAACGAUGCAGAUAACAACAACGAUAACGACGACGACGAAGAAAGCGAGAGCUUUGAGCAACAAAUGGCUCCUUGGAAAGCUAGCCGCAAUUUCUUGCUAGCAUCCCAGGGAAAAGCGAUGCUGAAACUCCACGGCGAAGGUGAUCCCACCGCUCGUGGCGAGGGCUUCAGUUUCAUCAAGACAUCCAUGAAAGGUGGCUUCAAAGCCAUCGGUGAAAGUGUGGAGGACAAGUUGGACGCACAACGGCUGAAAGAGCUCGGCGGUCACAGUUACAAUGUUGCGCGCCAGCAAAGGUCCUACGAGACUUCUAUUCGCCGAAUCUGGGAUUCCCAGAAAGCCAGUCUCUCCUCCACUGUUGAGCAUUCCGACCAAGAGAGCGAUGUCGAUCAAGAAGAGGAAGAAGACUUCAAUAAGCCAACGCCACGAUCCGAAGCACCUACUCCGGCUCCUUAUCAUCACAACGAUGAGGCAACUAGCCAGUUCAGUAGGAUGAGCUUCGCUACUCAAAGGGGCAAGGUUCUACGGAUCACGCGUCAAAUCAAGGCCGACAAUGGCGAAAUCGUGGAGAGAGAACAGAUCGUCCGGGACCCGCGCGUCAUCAAACAAUACAUUCAACACCGCCACCGCAGCGAAGCCCUCACCACCAAGCUGGAAUCCCUCAAGCCAACAGGAGAUGCCGAAGUUGAUGCCCGCAACCGCAAGCUGAUUGAAAAUGAGCUGAGCCGGCUUAACCGUAACAAGGAACGCCGCUUUGCUCGAGAGAAGCAAAAGGGCAUUUCUCGCUCUGGCGAUUCCUCGGCUGACGGAAAACCCGCCGGUACCCAACGCAAGUGCGCCAACUGUGGACAGGUUGGACACAUCAAAACCAACAAGAAACUUUGUCCUCUGCUUAAUGGUACCAUGAAGCCUGAAGACCGAGUCACUGAUUCGGCCUUCUCCAUGAGUGCCCCUGUUCUCUGA